AUGACGAGAAGUAUACUGCAGAGCGCGUUGACGUCUGGGUGCGUCAUGGCGUGCGGGGACGUGUUGUGUCAAAUCAUCAAUCCAUCGAGCGGUGGUGUGAAUGCCGCCGAAGAGGCCUCUACUUCUUCAUCAUCUUCGAGCGAUAAUGGUACCAAUACUACUACCGGGAAAAGAGAGGAAAACCACAAAAACACAAAAUAUUAUAACAUGCAGGCGAUGAUAAAGGAAUUAGAUUACGAGCGAACUUUACGAUUCUUUACGGUUGGUUUGACGUUGCACGGUCCGAUGUUUCACUACGCGUUGCCGUGGCUUCACCGAGUGCAGUUUUGUAGAGUCAAGCGAUUAUUUGGGAAUUGGCAGAACCACGCGUUGCCGAAAGUGGCGCUCGGACACGUGACGUUAUUCCCUGCUUACACGGCUAUGUUUCUGGGAUAUUUGGGCGUGUUAGAAGGACUUAAUUUCAGAGAGAACAUGGAAAGGAUGGAAUCGAGGCUGCCGGAUUUGUUGAUUUACGGCUCGGCGAUUUGGCCGGUGGCGAACGUCGUGAACUUUGCGUACGUGCCGCUACACAGAAGAUUAUUGUAUUUGAACAUGAUUGGCGUCGGUUGGAAUGCAUUCUUAAGUUUUCAAACGUGUAACGGAGCAGACGAGCAAGAAGGAGCAAACGAUGGGAGCAAUAAAGGUGGCAGCAAUAAUAACAAGUCGAGUAAAAUUAGAAGUAGGUACCUCUCCGAUUCCAAGUCGUUCGCCGCGAAAGCGGCGGUGAACUCUUCUCGAAACUAG